UUGUUACAUAUCAAAACAACUGGGAUCUUAGUAAAUAUUUACCACCGAGUGUUUAUAGAAUGUUAAUUUAAGACCACAGAAUGGAUAUGCAAUUUGACAGCGAUGGCUAUUGGAACCGAUCCUCGCGGGCUGCCUUUAGCUUUGAAGAUGAGGACGAUGAAAUUGACGGUAUAAGCACAGAACUGCCUAGUUCCAAUUGGGACAAUAAUGGCAUCUUUAGCGACGACUCCGAACUUCCUACCAAUAACUAUUGCAUACAAAUAUCCAUUAAGGAUCUAUUGACUGAGGAGGCCUUAAAGGAGGUGUUGCAUGAGCAAACAUUGGACGAUCGCGUAAUGGCUAAAGGCGUUUCUGCCGAGGAGGAGCUAAAGUUGCUGCGUCGCCAAGUCCAAAGCACACUGUAUCCCAAUGUAAAGGCAACAACGCACAAAUUGAUGCAGGGCAAGACGACUUCAUUGGAAAUGUAUAAAUCGUUGCACGAAAAGCAACAGCUGCUGGAUUCACUCUUGGCUAAUGGUGGAGGGGGCCAUGCCAUCAUUGCUGUAGUGCUCUUUCUUAAGCGUACAUUGAAUUCAGCACAAUUCCAUGGCAUACUGAAGCAAAGGCCAAAAGUACUACAGGAAUAUCUUAGUUUUUUACAAGAUUGUGGCGACAUUAGCGGACACAUUGAACUGUUGCAACGUUUUGGACGUCAUCAGGAAGCUGCCCUUAAGCAAUUUCAGGCAGCAAUUGAGCUGGCAGACCCGUCUGGAAGGAAACACCAACUCCAGCGACUUGUUGAUGCAUAUGCCACUGCAGGAGUCGGUAUUAUUCCACUUUACGAGCAAGUCUUUCAUGCUGCGCUCAAAAUGCAGUUGCUUUUAGAGAAGGAGCCGCACCUGGUGGCGGAUCAUCUAACGCCAAUUGAGUUGUUAUACGCCUGUUGUCAGCGAAACGGAAACUGGAAGGAACAGGACAUGUUGAAGCUAAUAUCACCACAGCGAUUUGCCGCCGAUCAGCAGAUAUCCCCAGCUCAAUACGAGUGGACUGCCCUAAAUGAGAGAGCCCAGGCCCAGGCUUACGCUGAUCUAGAGUGCAUAUUUGAGCGCAUACCCACCUGGCAUCCGCUGAAGACCAAACAAUUUCAUAUUAGCUUUGAUUUAGCAUCAGCUGUCCAAAGACUUUAUGAACUGCAGGCUCCAGCCACAGUUUUGCAAUUGUUCCUCUCCAAGAUGAGCAACAGCAAUGAUAAAUUAAACCUAGCUCGUCGCGUUAAGUGCAUCAAGGCCGUGAUUGAUGCAAUGGCUGGAUUAAAACAGCAACAGGAACUCAUACAGCUUAAGGAGACUUUGCCCGAUCGCUCUGAAGAGAAGUUUUACUGUGAAAAUGCCUUAAAAACAUUGCAAAGCAAACGCUGGACCACCGACAAUAUUAAACUAAAGUUGUAAACCAUUUUAUAAUAAAUCUGUCUUUUUGACGCCUUGUUAAUAA